UGUCCAAAUGUUUCUGCAUUUAAAAACUAUCACAGACACCCCAUUUCCCUCUUAAUAACAACUUCAACUCCCCAACAAUUGCUAACCUCCAUGGCUAAGAUUAAGAAGAUCUUCACCAAUAUCCUAAGGCUCCUUGCCUUGGCUGCUACUGUUGUUGCAAUUGUCUUCAUGGUCACCAGCCAUGACUCUGCUCAAGUCUUGAACUUAACAUUCACUGUAAAAUACAGCAACACACCUGUAUUCAAGUACUUUGUGAUUGCAGAGGCAAUUGCAGGUGGAUAUAUUGUUAUAUCCAUCCUUCUCUCAUUCAAAAGCCUGUUUUGGCGCUUACUUGUGAUCCUAGAUAUGGUCACAACAGUGCUGCUGACAUCAAGCAUUUCUGCUGCGUUGGCAAUAGCUCAGGUGGGCAAGAAAGGGAACACUCAUGCUGGGUGGCUACCUGUUUGUGAACAAGUUCCUGAUUUCUGUGACCAAGUGACUAUAGCUCUUAUUGCUGGUUUCGCUGCUGCAAUAAUUUACUUUGUGCUUCUUCUUUGUUCCCUCUAUGUUGUCCUCAGUCCUAUUUUUGUUGUAACGCCUUAGACAAGCUUCCUUGAGUGAAGACUAAAGCGUUUGUAUCAUGAUUUGUUCUGGGGUCCUGUCGUUCACUUGCCUUUCUUAUACAAGUUAAAUGUAUUUUACUUAUGAUCAUUGUUAUAUAUAUACAUGUAUGUAUGUAUGUAUGUAUGUAUGAUCAUAAGUUUAGAAGAAUAUGGAUAAUAGCCAAAACGUUUUCAUA